CUUCGUUUCCCAUCGCGAAGUCUCGAUCACCUCCUCCACUCCCAUCCCACCUUAAUUCAUCCUCAAUCCCGAGGCAUUACAUCUCUCGUUCACGGAGAGUGUAUUUGAUUUUUAAUUGGUCUCUUUUUGUCGCGCGCACGACCUCCCACACAAUGUUCUUUCAGUCCGUCUCUCGGGCUGCUGCUCGCAGCUCGGCCAUGCCCACCACUGCCAUUCGUUCCUACCGCACCGUCUCAGGCCCAAUGGCUUGCCUGAAUGCCCGUCCUCAGCCUGCGAAGAAGUCUAUCGCUCCCCAGCAGACCCGCGCCUCAUCCGAGCACGCCAUCUCGAAUCCCACACUCGCCGGUAUCGAGAAGCGCUGGGAGGCCAUGCCCCCUCAGGAGCAGGCCGAUCUGUGGAUGCAGCUCAGGGACCGUAUGAAGGUUGACUGGCACCAGAUGACCCUUCAGGAGAAGAAGGCCGCUUACUGGAUUGCCUUUGGUCCUCAUGGCCCUCGCGCGCAGGCCCCUAAGGGUGAGGGUCUCAGAAUUGCCGUUAAGGUCGCCCAGCUCACUGCUGUCUCCGUCGCCGUGUUCUACGUCAUUCACUUGUUCGCUAAGCCCCAGCCUAAGACCAUGUCCAAGGAGUGGCAGGAGGCUUCCAACGAGUAUGCCAAGGCCGAGAAGAUCAACCCUAUCUACGGUGUCAGCGCCGAGGGUUACGAGGGCAAGGGCUUCGUCCAGAGCCCUCCUGCUGAGAAGUCAUAGAUUGUGGACCAGUGAUGCGGGAGGAACAGGUAUAGCAAUUGGAUAAGCUGGAUAGGGUCUGCUAUGGGUUCAAAUGGUACCUAUGGCGUCGUCCUUCCGUUUUCUGAUACCGCCGGUUCUGUGCCCAUCAUCGUGUGCACUUCCCUUCGCCUCUGUCUUAUCUGUUUUGCCCAAUGUCAGCCCAAAAGACUUGUAUCUCGUACUGUGCCAUAAUCAAUGUAUCUCCUUUGUAGCCAUAGAGUCUGUUCCACUGUUGCGAAUGGUAACUGACUUCUAGAGUUUA